AUGAAUCUAAAAUAUCAAUAUGACAUAUUUGUUAUAAGUGGGGGUUCUGGCGGUCUAAAAGUAGUUGAUGAAGCCUAAAAGUUAGGCAAACGAGUGGAGUUAGCAGAUUACUUUAAACCAAGUCCACAUGGAACCCAAUGGCGAACAGGUGGCACAUGUCCUAAUGUUGGAUGCAUUCCUAAAAAGUUAAUGUAUCUGACAGCAUUGAUUGGAGAAAUAAGACAUGAAUUAACAGCAACCGGAUGGCAAGGAGUAGAAUCUCAUUCAAAGCAUGAUUGGAAUAUUUUAGUCAAUAAAAAUUUGCAAAAACUAGCUGGAUUUCUUCUUUUAGAGUUAAUUUGA